AUGGCGGAAGACGCGGAGAGCGAUAUUGCUAUACGUUUUGUCGACGAAAACGACUACAAAGAGAUUUCUGCUAAAGCUGUGUCAGCGAAACCGAAAUUAAAAAAGAAUCGCCCUUCCUCGCUUGUUUCUAAACACUGUUACGACGUUGAUUUGAGCUAGCGAAGCUGAGAGUUCUAGCGAAGAAGAUGAAAAAGUCAGUGCAAGCGAGGAGGAAGCUGUAACCGAAACGGAGCGUGCCGAUGAAAACGUAGAAAGCUCCUAUUCCGAUGAUAGUUCAGCAGAUGAAGCGGAGAGAAGGAAAAGUGCAGAGAAGCCUAAACCUGCGUCUUCGAAUUCGACCGUCACCAAAUCAAGCAAAAAGGCGCCGAAGAAAUCAAAUAAACGGAACAAGAGUCUUUCGGAAGAAGAGAAGGAGGAUUUAUGUGGACAGUUGGAAGUAGUCAUGCGUAACCUCCACGAAACUUCCACGCAGCGCCCGAGGUAA